AAAAACGAACAAAUUAGUAAAUUACCCACAAAUUUGGCGCCUUAAAACCCCUCAAUUUCUCACUUUCAGUUCAAUUCAAAAAAAUCCCCCAAAAUUUCGAAAAAUGGAAAUAGAAAGCACAGGAAGCGACAUGGAAAUGGAGAGAGAAGAAGAAGAUGAUGAAGAAACUCAACUUUUGAAGGAUCGUUUUCGUCUUUCCGCCAUCUCCAUUGCCGAUUCCGAAGCGAAGAAAAAUGGAAUGCAAGCAUCUGAAUCCAUUGUUGCGUGUAUUUCUAAUUUGGCGUUUAAUUAUGCUGAACAUUUGGCCAAGGACCUUGAACUAUUUGCACACCAUGCUGGUCGUAAACUGGUGAAUACUGAGGAUGUUAUACUUGCAGCCCAUCGAAAUGAGAACCUUUCUCUGUCAUUAAGGACCUUCUGCAAUGAUCUAAAAGCCAAAGAACCUCAGUCAGAGAGAAAACGGAAGAAAGCUUCUAGGAAAGAGGACAAAGCUACGACAAGUGCGCUUGAAACUGCUGACCUCUGAGUUAGGUGUCGGAACGAUCCUAUAAGCCUGUUUCUGUGCUAUAUCUGUUGCGGUGAUGAAGGACGGUGACACCUCUUCGAGCUACUGAAUGGAAGGGUGCGUCGAUUAGAUGUGUUUAGUUUGGAGCUAUGUCUAAUAUGUAGCCAUUGAGCCUAUGAAGUGGUCACAUCGAGUUUAGACGAGGAGAUAGUUUCAAGCUCUGUGAACUCUUCAUUUUUCUCCUUAUCGAUUUUGUAUAGGUUAGUAACAAGCGGCAUAUGUUUUUAUGAGAAUGUUAUAAACUGAUGCUCUUACAGGCAGUUAAUAUUAACUGUUUCGUAAUAACUUAAUCACGGUCAUUACUGAAACAGUAAGUUGAUCACUGGUUACUGUUGACUUGUUUGUACAUAAGUACUACUGUACUGUAUUAUCCUUAAAGAAUUAUGGCGUAAUUACUUUUCUGUGCCUUUAGUCCUUGUAAAUUUAAUGCAUUUCCUUGAUAGUGGAAGCAAUACUUUCCUAUGGAAUCAGACCGUG